AUGCCCACCCCAGUGCAGUCAUUCGUAGGAGGAGCCGUCGCUAGCUCCAUAGCCGUUUCUAUCCUCUACCCACUCAUUCUCGCCAAGACACUCAUCCAGGCUGCUCGCGCUGCGGAGGCAUCCGAGGGAAGGUCCAUGUCCCUCUCAGAGGCGAAGCGCACAGCGACAGUUCGAGGCGUCCUCGUGAAGACGUACCAGGAAGGCGGGGUGGCGGCACUGUACCGAGGGCUGCAGUCGCAGAUCAUGAAGGGGAUCAUCACGCAGGGAGUAGCAUUGAUGGUGAAGCAACGAAUCGAGCAGCUCGUGGUUCAGGCGUACUUGCGGCGGAAAGGACUUGCGCGCUAA